AUGGCGACCGGUUUCAAUGGCGCCACCUUGUGGUGUGCAAGAUCGGGGAUAUUGUCAACGAGAGGUGGUGGUCCAUUGUCUCGGUGCGAUCUCGUUGGAGAAGAGUCGCGAGACUCGUCGUUCUGGUACGUCGGCACCUCGAGCCCAAAAGGGAGACAACUAAACGCUGCACUGCCAGCAUUUAAAAAAUAUCCACCAAAUAAUCCUCCACCGAUGAGCUGGCUCGUUUACACUGGGUUCCAGCCGGGACAAUUGGAUUUUGGGUGGCCCGUGUGGCUGCUGAUUGCGCUGUGGUUGAGCCUGCCGGUGAUCUUCUACUCGCUACUUGCUAAGGUGACCUACUACACACGCAUGCGCGACCGACGGCUCGUGAACGGGGUCCAGGGCACGGACGUGGCCGUGUUUGUGCUGGGCGACCUGGGCCACUCGCCGCGCAUGGCGUACCAUGUGCGCAGUCUCGUGAAAAGGGGGCGCUCCGUGAGUCUGUGCGGGUACCUCGAGAGCGCUUUGCCCGAGUUCUUAUACGACGACGACACCGUGCAAUUGUACGAGAUCCCCGUUUACAGACGCCGCAGCUGGAUACCAUUCCCCGUGUUUGCCGUGUACAAGGUGCUGGCUCAGUGCUGGGACCUGACAAAGCUGAUGAGCACCGUUGUCGACGAUAACACGCAGUUUGUGCUGCUCCAGAACCCUCCCUCGAUCCCGCUGCUGGCCAUCGCCGUGCUGCUCCAGAAAACCAUCUGUCCGCAGAUCAAGAUCGUCGUGGACUGGCACAAUCUCAACUACUCGGUGCUAAACCUCAAGUACCAGAACCUGGACCAUCCUGCCGUCAGGUUGCUGCGCAGCUACGAAGCCCAGUUUGGAAAACGGGCAGACUACCAUUUCACAGUGACACAGAAAAUGAAAGACUAUUUGGUGAGCGAGUUCAAAAUCCCUGCCAAGAACGUGUUUGUUGUGUACGACCGGCCGGCCGACGAGUUUGUGCCGCUUGCCGAGCCCAAACACACUGCGGUCACCCGGCUGUCGGUGCUUGACGGGUUUGGUGGCUCCGACAAACUCGUUGUGUCGUCCACGUCGUUUACGCCGGACGAGGACUUUGGGGUGUUUGUGGAGGCUCUCAAGCGGCUGGACACGCGGCUGGAGUCGCGCGUGUUUGUGGUUGUCACGGGAAAAGGCCCGUUGCAACGCGAGUUCUUGGACAUGGUGGCCGCACACUCCUGGAGCAAAAACAUUGUGAUCAAGAACGUGUGGCUACCAAUCGCAGAGUACCCGAAACUCCUGCAGGUAGCCGACGUUGGGGUCUCGUUGCAUUACUCGUCGUCGGGUCUAGACCUGCCAAUGAAGAUUGUGGAUCUGUUUGGAUGCGGAGUGCCGGUUGUGUCGAUGAAAUUCCCAGCCAUUUCUGAAUUGGUGACCAAAGAAAACGGACUGGUCCUGGACAAUAACAAGGACGCGUCUGAAUUGAGCGAGAAAAUCCACCAGCUCCUAUCAAAAGAAAAAUUAAACCUCUGGCUCUUGAGGCUUCUCAAGAAUACCCUCGUUCAGCUCAGCAGAAGGCUUGGUAUCAUCCAUGUCGAACAGACCAAGUCUGUUACCUUCUGCCUCGAGCUCCUGGUUGUUCAACUUGGCCAUUCUGUUGGCCACAAUGAAAGCAGGAACACCCUCGUCGUAGGAUCUGGCGAAAAUGAUAUCAAUUUCCUCAAGAGAUCUACCAGCAGUCUCCGGGUAGAAGAAGUAGAUGAUUGGCACGUAAAUGAAAUUAAUGAUGGCAAAGAACAAGUAGCAUCCCCACUUGGACUGGUUGAUGAAGAUUGGAGUGAACAUGACAACGGCAAAGUUCGACAACCAGUUAGUACAGGUGGAGAUAGAUGUGGCCACAGUUCUGGCUCUCAAUGCAUUGAUUUCAGGUGGAUACACCCAUGGAAGUGGCAGGAUUGUGAAGGCAAAGAAGGCAAUGAACAAGAAGAGACCGACAGCGGCACCCUUAGCGUUGUUAGCGUUCUCCUUAACCAAACAUCCGAAAGCAAUGAUGAAAGCAACACCUUGACCAGCAGCACCGAUCAGGAAAAGAGGUCUUCUACCCAAUCUGUCGAUAAGGAAGAAGGAUGGGAUGGUGAACACGGCAUAAACGAUGGAGAAGAUACCACCCAUCACCAAAGCCUUUCUUCUGGCAAAGUCCAGAGUGUUUUCGAACAAGACAGUAGCAUAGUAGAUGGAGGCGUUACAUCCAGUAAAUUGCUGGAAGAACUGAGCACUGGCACCCAACAUCAUUCUUCUGAAAUAUUGGUGCUUUCCACCGCUGAAAAGCUCUCUCCAUCCAAGUUGUGCGUUAUCGAAUCUGUUCACGGCAUCGGCAAUCAUAGUGGACUCAGCAAUAACACCAUCGUCGUUAGGAUCGACGUCGUUGAUGCUUCCCAAAAUGUAUCUGGCUUCCUCCAUUCUACCUUUAGAAAUGAGCCAUCUUGGAGACUCUGGCAGACCAAGGAUAGACAGGAGCAAGAACAGGGCAAACAGAAUUUGCAAAGCAAUUGGCAAUCUCCACGAAACAGAGCUGUUAGCGUAGGACAAACCGAAAUCGACCCAGUAAGCAAUCAGAGUACCAACCGCAAUGACAGAACCUUCCAAGUUAACCAGACGACCUCUGUUCUCUGGCUUGGAUUGUUCAGAUUGCCACACAGGAAUAGUAGCAGUGUUCAUACCGUUACCAAUACCGGUAACCGAUCUAGCAAUGAUGAAGUGACCCAAUUGCCAGUGUGGUCUGAAUGGGAAGAUAGAGAUGAAAGUACCAAUGAUGAUGAUAGUGGCACCGAUAAUAAUAAGAAGACGUCUUCCGAGACGGUCACCAACAAUCAUGGCAAACAAGGCACCGAAGAAACAUCCAAUUUCGUAACAAGCUGUGACAAUACCUUGGACCACAGUAGCGUGUCUACUGGAUCCACUGACUGGAGGGAAGUCUCUUUGAAACUGUGGGGCGGUGAUAAUACCACUCAUAAGACCCUGGUCAUAUCCAAACAAACUGAAACCCACCACAGAGGUCAAGGUGACUGCCCAUCUGAGCUUUCUACCUUUGAGACCAAAAGUGUUGUGCUUAUUUCUGAGAUUCCAGAAUCCAGGCUCGAUGGAGCCCGAACCUUUGUUAAUUUCGGUCGAUGA